AUAAAUCAUCGGAUUGACUCACUGUGACUCCGAAACUCGGCGUUGACGAAGACAAUCGGCGCCGCUAACAUGGAGGAUGAGAGACGGCGGCAGCUAAGCGGCACCUCGGUGGUGGUGCUCCACAGUGCACUCAUCGUGACCAUGGAUCCGCAGAGACGUGUUUUCCGGAACGGCGCGGUGGCUGUGCAGGGCGACACAAUCGUGGCCGUUGGGCAGUCAGAGGACAUCAUUUCGCGGUACUCAUCUCUCUCACCUCAACUCAUCGAUCUCCAUGGCCGCUUCUUACUGCCAGGUUUGAUAAACACUCAUGUCCACACAUCACAGCAGCUGGGGAGAGGCAUAGCAGACGAUGUCGACUUGCUAACAUGGCUUCACCACCGCAUCUGGCCUUACGAAUCACACAUGACAGAGGACGACUCUUAUCUUUCCACUUUACUCUGCGGCAUUGAGCUCAUUCACUCGGGAGUGACGUGCUUUGCUGAAGCCGGAGGGCAGCACGUCUCCGGGAUGGCAAGGGCAGUUGAACAGCUGGGGAUACGAGCUUGCUUAACACAGUCGGUGAUGGAUGCCGGGGAGGGACUGCCAGCUUCAUGGGCCAGCAGGACGACUGAGGAGUGUAUUCAGUCGCAAAAGGAGCUGCACAAGAAGCAUCAUAACACAGCGAAUGGCUGCAUCAGAAUAUGGUUCGGGAUAAGGCAGAUCAUGAAUUCAACCGAUCUCCUACUGACCGAAACUAGAGAUGCUGCAAAAGAACUCGGGACGGGUAUUCAUAUGCAUGUUGCUGAGAUUCCUUACGAAAACCAAGUUGUCGUGGAUAGGCAAGGAGUCGAUCACGGAACCGUGACGUAUCUCGAGAAAAUCGAGCUGCUGCAAAGCAACUUACUAGCAGCUCACACUGUUUGGGUCAACGAGCACGAGGUGAGUUUACUUUCGAGAAGGGGCGUAAAAGUGUCGCACUGCCCUGCUUCUGCAAUGAAAUUGCUCGGAUUUGCACCCAUCAGAGAAAUGAUCGACGCAGGUGUUUGCGUCUCUUUGGGAACAGACGGCGCCCCGUCAAACAACCGGAUGAGCAUCGUGGAUGAGAUGUACGUCGCUUCCUUGAUCAACAAAGGACAGGAAGUCUUCAAACAAGGAACCACCGAUCCGACGGCUCUGCCUGCAGAAACCGUUCUUGAAAUGGCAACUAUAAAUGGAGCAAAAACCGUGCUCUGGGACAACGAAAUAGGAUCAAUCGAGGCUGGCAAAAAGGCUGACAUGAUCGUGAUCGAUUCUUCUUCAUGGACGAUGGUUCCUGUUCAUGAUUGCAUCUCCAGCCUUGUUUACUGUAUGAGAAGCGAAAACAUAGCCUCCGUAAUGUGCAACGGCCGUUGGAUCAUGAUCGACAAGAAGAUCACGACCGUCGACGAGGAAGAAAUUGUGGGGAUGGCGAAGAAGGCUUCAGGUCAUCUUUUGAAGAGAGCUGCAAUUCAAAUUCCUACCAAGAUGAAUUUUUUAUAGCUUCUUCUUCUAUAUCAUUUUAUAAAUUGAUAUUCCGGUGGAAUUCGGCUGCGGUUGCUCGACGAGUGUGUAUAGUAAAAUAAAAUAAAAUAAUAUUUGUGUGCGUUGUGACUGGCAAAUCUGAGUGUACUUGUUUUGAAAGUUUGAAUUUUAUCUGUGAUUUAUAUAAGAAAAUAUUUGAAUUUGUAUAA